AUGGGCAUCUUGGAGCCAAGCUGCCGAGACAUGCUGACGGGCACCGACCCGAUGCCGGCGAGCGACGAGGGCCGGGCGCCAGGCGCCGACUCGCAGAACCGCUACUUCUACCCGGAGCCGGGCGCGCAGGACGCGGCCGACCGUCGCGUGGGCGCCAGCCUGGGGGCGCCCUACGCCGGAGGCGCCCUGGUGCCUGCCCCGCCGGGCCGCUUCCUCGGAGCCUACGCCUACCCGCCCCGACACCAGGCCACCGGCUUCCCCGGGGCGGGCGAGCCCUUCCCGCCGACGCCGGGCGCCGAGGGCUACCAGCCGGGGGAUGCCUACACCGCCCCGGACCCGCGCGCCACACUCUACCCGGGCCCGCGCGAGGACUGUGCGCUGCCGGCGGGGCUGGAGGUAUCCGGGAAGCUGAGAGUCGCGCUCAACAACCACCUGUUGUGGUCCAAGUUUAAUCAGCACCAGACGGAGAUGAUCAUCACCAAGCAGGGGCGGCGGAUGUUCCCAUUCCUCUCAUUUACUGUGGCUGGGCUAGAGCCCACCAGCCAUUACCGGAUAUUUGUGGACGUGGUCUUGGUGGACCAGCAUCACUGGCGGUAUCAGAGCGGCAAGUGGGUGCCGUGUGGAAAGGCUGGGGGCAACAUGCCAGGGAACCGCCUGUACGUCCACCCAGAUUCUCCCAACACUGGAGCCCACUGGAUGCGCCAGGAAGUUUCAUUCGGGAAACUAAAGCUCACGAACAACAAAGGGGCCUCCAACAAUGUGACCCAGAUGAUCGUGCUCCAGUCCCUCCAUAAGUACCAGCCCCGGCUGCACAUCGUCGAGGUCAGCGAUGGAGAGCCAGAGGCGGCCUGCAACGCUCCCAACACACACAUCUUUACUUUCCAAGAAACCCAGUUCAUUGCCGUGACCGCCUACCAGAACGCCGAGAUUACUCAGCUGAAAAUUGAUAAUAACCCUUUUGCCAAAGGAUUCCGGGAGAACUUUGAGUCCAUGUAUGCAUCUGUUGACACCAGUGUCCUCUCCCCACCUGGACCCAACUGUCAGUUGCUUGGGGGAGACCACUACUCUCCUCUGCUCCCCAACCAGUAUCCCGUUCCCAGCUGUUUCUACCCCAACCUUCCCAGCCAGGCCAAGGAUGUGGUUCCCCAGCCUUACUGGCUGGGGGCCCCUCGGGACCACAGCUACGAGGCCGAGUUUCGAGCUGUCAGCAUGAAGCCUUCAUUCCUGCCCUCUGCCUCUGGGUCCGCUAUGUCCUACUACCGAAGCCAGGAGGUCCUGGCGCCUGGAGCUGGCUGGCCUGUGACCCCCCAGUACCCUCCCAAGAUGGGCCCAACCAGCUGGUUCCGCUCCACGCGAACUCUGCCCAUGGAACCUGGCCCUGGAGCCUCAGAGGGGCGGGGGCCGGAAGACCAGGGCUCCCCGUCCUUGUGGACUGAGAUCACGCCCAUCCGGCCAGAGUCCAGCGACUCGGGACUGGGUGAAGGAGACUCUAAGAGGAGGCGUGUGUCCCCCUAUCCUUCUAGUGGCGAUAGCUCCUCCCCUGCGGGAGCCCCUUCUCCUUUUGAUAAAGAAACCGAAGGCCAGUUUUAUAACUAUUUUCCCAAUUGAGCAGUUGACAUGGUGAAAGGAGCAGAAAGAGUGUCAUCAGGUUGGUGACACCAACUAACGUAGCCCACAGACCCAGGACUGAGCCGUCCCCAGCUCCCUCUGUCCCAUCUCCUUCUGUAGCUGGUUGAGGAAGAGGGGUCCAAGAAGGAUUCUGGGGUUCACUUGCUGCCUCCUGGCCCACAAUGAAACCUGCGAGGAGUGUUCUCUGCCCCUUCCUCUGUCCCAACUACACUCAUUAACCUGGUGCUGCUUCUGGUUGUGGGU